AUGGGUUAAGUUUAACAGUCCAAAUAACAUUUUUUGAAAAAUUGGUAAAAAGUUGAUUCAAGAGAGAGCAGAAUGUAAUAAUUUGUAAAAUAAGGUUUAGAUUCGGUUGUGAAAUAGAAGUGUACACAAAUUAAAUGGAGGAAGUAGCAGUGGUGCAUAAAGUAUAUUAAAGUGAGAUGCAUUAUCAAAAAGAAUUGAAAAGAUUAGAAUAAUAUUAGUUAAUGAGUUAGAUGCCAGGUUUGAUUCGUUUAUUAGACAUUCAAAAAGAGGAAGAAUCGACGUUGUGUAGUAAUUUAUUCAAAAUUGAUGCUAUCUUUGAAUAUGGAAGUUAACUACCAUCUAAUUUGCCUUGGUAUUAAUUUUUAUAGCAAAUAAUACACACAUUAAUUGAAUUGCAGAAUCGAGAGAAAUAUCAUGGUGAUUUAAGACCACAGUCAUUUAUGUAUACCAAUUAAGUGAAAUUACUUUUACCGAAUGUUGAUUAAUACAAUAGAUUUUUAAGUGGUUUUGAAGAAUAUUGUUAUCUUUCACCUGAGUUAUUCUUUUAGUUAGGAAGAAAAGUGUUUAAGCCAGAAUAUAAUAAGGAGAAAAGUGAAGUAUUUACAAUUGGAUUAGUUUGUUUGGAAUUGAUGUUAUCAGAACCAAUUUAAUAAAUUUAUGAUUUCCAAGAAUAUUAAAUAAAUUAAGGUACAUAGAGUAAUAUAAUUAAUUGUAGAAGUUUUGAAUGAUAUGUUAUCAAGAGCGAAUAAUAAAUUAAUCAGCAGAAUGUUAUCAAUGAAAGUGGAAGACAGACCUAAUUAUUUAUAGAUUUAUGAAGAAAGUAUUGUAGAAUUAAUGCAAUAAUCAAUAAAUAAUAAUAACAAAGUUACUAUUCAAAGUAAUCCAACUGACAUUUUAAAUGAACAUGCUAUAGAGAUUUAAUCAAGAGUAUUAGUAAGAGAAUAAUAAUCAUAAGCAUAAUCUUUUAUUAUGCAAUCAACAUAAUAACAUCCUUUAUUAUGUUAACAAUCUUAAUAAUUUACACUUUAAUCAUGUAAUUUCAAAGAUACUAAUCCAACUUUGACAUCUAUGCAAUAACAUCCAAUGUUUUUUUAAUAAGAAAAUUAAUUAUAAAAAUAAUAAUUAAAAUCCAAUCAAGAAAAUGAAGAACCUUAAUCAAUGAAGAAAGUUCAUCCAUUUUUAUCAUAAAAGAAUUCAUAACCUACUGUUAAAUUAAAUGCUAAUAAUAGAUCUAUGAAUUAAACACCAUCAUAAUAGAUAUAAACUUAAUAAAAACCAUAAAUUCCUGCUAAUUUCUAAACAAUCUAAUAAAGUUAAAGUAGUUAAUAAUAAGUUUAAUAUUCAACAUAAGUUCCAUAAUAAGCUAAUUCUCUUUAAUAUUUGGCUAUAUCAUAAUCUCCAAAUCAUAGAUAUUCAUAGAAAUCUUAAUAAUCUUCAGUUUCUAAACAUUAAUCUAUUCAACCGACUGAAUAUGCAUUUCUCCAUGAAUAAGUUCAUGUUCCAUUUAAUCCUGGAUCUGAUUUUUUGGAUUCAUCAAGAUAAAAAGAAUAAGUUGAUUUUGUUUCACCUACAAGAAGUAGUUAAAGACCAUCAUCUAAAUUAAAAGACAUUUCAAAUAAAAAAUCAAAAACUAUGUAAACAACAACAACAAUAAGUAGUAAUAAUACUAAUAACACUACUAAUAUUAAUAAAUAAAUAGUUAAUAAGAAGCCUUAAUUGUUGAAAAGUCAAAGACCAUAAACAUAAAUGAGAUCGAAAUCACCAAAUGUUAAGAAAGUGCCUUAAAAGAAAUGA